AUGGACGAUGGCUCAAAACCAGAACCAAACCCAAAUCACAUUCCCCAAUCAGACAGCUGCGGAACCCCCGGCUCAGAGAAUUUUCCAGAUUUCGUGUCCCUGAAGGAAAUAACUCAAUGUUGCAACAACCACGAUAUUUGCUAAGACACUUGCAACAGCAACAAAGAUGUUUGCGACCAAGAGUUUAAGAAAUGUUUGUAUGCUUGCAAAGCUGUAGCCAAAACAUUAUACAGCGCCACAUCUACUCUCCGUUGUAAGGCGUAUUUGGAUUCACAAAAAAAUGCUUGCAACUGUUCUUCGAAGGUCAAAUACAACAGGUACUACACCGGCUGGCUAAGCUGGCUUGGUAUGCCAGUAUUACCAGAGUUAUUCAUCGUCUAG